AUGGUGACGAUAUGCCUUGAGAACUGGCUAGCAGCACAGCGCGUCACGAAAGUACAAGGGACUGGCGGGAUCAUUCUCUUAGCUGGCUUCGUUCCUGUAUGCUGGUUCCUGGUUCAGCCACUUUCUUUGGGAAUCAAUGGCGCCGCCAUCGCAACCUCUUUGGGGCAUUUGUUCCUGAUGCUCUGGAUGGUAGCUCAGACCUUCCUCGCCAUGCGCUCUUCCCUGAAGAUGUCGUGGCAGGGCCCCUCCCGCCGGGCCUUUGCAGACUGGUACCCCUUCCUCCGCUUGGCCGUGGCAAGCCUGUUCGUGAUCUCCAAGCGCUGGGCUUCCGAGAUCAUCGUCUUGCUGGCUGGGACCCUUCCAGAUCCAGAGGCCAACCUGGCAGCCAUGACCAUCUUUGCCAACACCUGCUUGCUUCUGUCAAUGCCGCCCCUGAGCUUGGGCUGUGCCGGGAACACGCGCGUCAGCAACGAGCUCGGUGCUGGGUCCCCCUGCGCAGCUCACUUUGCGGCCAAGGUGAACUACAGUUUGGGACUAUGCUUGGCCUCCGUGCUUUCUGCGGCAAUGCUGGCGGGCCGGUGCAUAUGGAUCCACCUGAUCACUUGCGAUCAUGAGGUCCUGCAUCAUACAAAGCAGAUUCUCCUCAUCUGCCCCCUCUACGUGGCCCUGGACUGCAUGUGCACAGUGACGAAUGGUACCUUGAAGGGCUGUGGGCGCCAACUGCUCUUGGCGCCUGUUGUCUCAGCGUCCUACUUCCUCAUCGGCAUACCCUCCGCCUGGCUCUUUGCUUGGCCAGGCCAAAUGAGUGCAAGAGGCUUAGCCCUCGGAUCCUCUAUCGGCACCUUCGCUCACUGCGUGGCCGUGUCAGUAAUCUUGUGGACCACCAACUGGGUCCUCAUGUCGCGGGUAGCCAGGGAGCGAGCGCAAGCAAAGCCCCUGCUUCUGCGCUGA